AUGGACGCUACGUACUCGUCUUCCGUAGUACGAGAUUCUCGUACACUGCUCCGGGUCCACGUAAAUUCGGUGCACUUGAGGGUGCGACCUCACCGAUGCAGGCACUGUGAGAAAACCUUUCCUAUACCGGCCAGGCUCCGGGUCCACGUAAAUUCUGUCCAUUUGAAGCAACGCCCUUAUGCAUGUGAAUAUUGUGGCCUGUCGUUUACGGCGAGGGGCAAUGUGCAAAGACAUAUCAGAAUCGUUCAUUCGAAGCAACGCCCCUUUGCAUGUGAUAAUUGUGGCCUAUCGUUUUCGGAGAAGUGCACUAUGCGAAGACAUAUCAGAACCGUUCAUUCGAACGAGCGACCACAUAACUGCAGCUACUGUGGUAAAUCUUUUUCACAAGCAAGCAAUCUGAAGAUGCACAUCCGUACUGUACAUUUGAAUGUUACUAUUGGGAUGUAUUUGAAUCGGCGGAUAAAUAUCAACAUACAAGCGAUGCUUCAAUGCAAUCAUUUUGUGGACGAGACGAAAUUCUUGCUCCGGGUGUUAGUAGAAUGUUCUGAUGUCCAUGCAGAAGCCGACUUAGAAACGAUUGACGUGUAA